UGGCCUUUCUUGGUUUAGGCAAAGUUGAGCUGAUUUCGUUUCCGUUCCAAUGCAGCAAUGGAAGUGAAGUUGCGAGCGCCAAGCGUUGUGAUCUUCAUCACUUUCAUCAUCAUUAACUUUGGAGUGGUUAUUUCCUUCAAGUUUAGUUCGCUAGAGGAAGAAGCAAGUGGUUUUGGUGAUGAUGUAGAUGACGCAGCAGAAGCGCAGGAUGCAGACGAUGCUGACACUGACGAGGAUGACGAGUUGCAGACCGUUGCCAUUCGCAGCCUCGAGAGCUGGGGCCGAUACGGUGAUUUGGCAGUGGCCUUUCCUUUGGCGAUCCAAAAUUUGACGAACUUUUCUGGCCUCAUCAAUGGGCAGGCUGCAGAUAGCGAAAAUAUCACUUACAAAUUCGGAAACCCCAAGGAUGAUGAGGAGCUUCUUUAUGACAAGGUUUCGGGAUUCUUCACGGUGCUCCACGAAAGCAUGGAAGGACAAGAUGGUCCACGCUACUGCCCUAGGCAUUCAUUGAAGCACAUCAAGGAGUGCGUGGUGAUAGCAAGCUGCCUGCUGCAGUCCCAGGUCCCUGAGUAUGUUGAGAUGAGCAUGUAUGCGUCCAUGAUCGAGUUGAUGGACCGCUUCGUGGAAGUGGCCUGGCCAUUGGUGGAGAGAGGCAUUUUGAAGGAGGAGAAUUAUCGGCUCGCGACACUGGAUGAGGAGGUGCCAGCGAAAUAUCAAUGCGACGACUUCACCCAUGCCAAGCCUUUUGUUUCGCAUCUCCAAGAGAGUGAGGGAGCGGCUUCCGCCUUCGCCAUGUCCGCGGUCUUGGCGCAAAAGGCGGCUGCUACGACCAAGAUCUUGGAUUCACACAGGCAGAACAUGUCCCUGGAGGCGACCAUUGGCAGAGUCAUGGAGGUUUGGCGCCCUAUUUGCCUCAAGGCGCAUGUUUUCUCCUGUGACGAGGGCAACUUCUGGGAUCUCCACUACGCUUCACAUCGCCAAACAAUGGCUUUGAUGCAGACAGGUGCUGCCUCUGCCGUUCGUGCCGAGAUCCGCACGCGACUGCGCUUGGAGCGCAGGGUACAAGACUUCAUGCGGGAGCACAGCGAGGCCUUCGGCGCCUUCCUGCAAACGUCUGGACGAGAAAGAAACUAUUUUGAUUUCCGCAAGAAGUCCAACGCAUCAGUGCAGAUUUGGAAGGAUUAUGGCAAAGCUGGCAAGGAAGCCAUGUUUGGAUUUGUGAUGCCAUACUCGAGGGCUGUGGCUGCAACUAACUUCACCCGUGCCAGCGUGUGCUUUGACCAGGUAGAGUUUCGGAAGUUCCAGAAGGAUGAGCAGCUGGACUUGGAACUGGAAGAGCCUGCAGAAGACAGGAGGAUGAUGAAUUCCACGGCCCUGCUGUCAGUGAGACAAAGCGAUGAGCUGGAGGACACAAGUGCAAGGAGAAGGAGAUUUGGUGGAAAGCUCAAAAAGGCGGCCAAAAAAGCCAAAAAGAAUGCCAAAAAAGUCAAAAAGGAUGCUAAAAAGGCGGCAAAAAAAUUGAGCAAGGCCGUCAAGGUGAUCGAAAAGUGGGUAACCAUGCUCUUCGGAUGUGUUGGCGAUGUCUUUGAGUUCAUCACCGUGGGAUACUCACUUGACAUUGUUGAAGGUGCUGUGGCUUUUGGUGCUGGGCUCUCUAUGGGCGAUAUGACUGGCUUUUUGAAGCUGCUCACCAAGGGUCGGAAGCCUUCAACUUGGCUCUCAGUGGAUAUUGGCUUUACGGUGGGUGUCACUGUAAAAGCUGCCUGGUCUGGAGUUGGCGCCGGCCUUGGCCUGAGCUGUGGAUACAGCUCAUGCGUGGCCUACCUCUCCGUUGGGACGAUGACCACAGUGAACCUGCCGACUGUUAAUGCGGUGUGCGUGUUUGGUGCGCCUUAUUCUCCACAAGGCUGGCAGUGCUCCCAGGUCUUCGGUGGAAGCAUCUCCGCUUUUUGCUGCAACUUCAAUGUGGCGAAGGGGAAACAUGACUGCCGCUGAGAGUUGUUGGCAGCAUGUAGCGCCUGUAGGUUUGGCUGCUACGACCAUUUUGCACAGUGCGGUGACCGACAGGUGUUUCACUGCAGUGCCAAAAUCGCGCGCUGGGCUGUGUAGACCUUUACGAAACAAC